AUGUACGGCCUCCAGCGAGCUCCUGCUGCACUUGCCCACCUGUGGCUUAUCAUUCUAUUUCUCCACUCAGUCAUCUCUCCCAGUCUUGAUGAAUCCACUGCCACCAACACUUUAGGACGACUCACAAAGACAACUGUUGUUCCCGGGAAAGACGGACCGCGCCUCGUCAAGGGUAACUAUAACCUCGCGGGGGACGAUGUAACGAUUGGCGACGACGUUCAACCUCCUAAGAUCGCGUCUGAGGCUCUCGGUGACUCACAAACCAAGACAGAUCUGGAAUCAAAUUCAUCUAUUGAUGCGAAAAACGGACUGCCAUCGUCGGAAAACGAAAUUCAAGCUGAAAACCUAUCUGGUUGGCUCGUAGAGAAAAGGUCACAAGCUUCUAUAAUUCAACCCGAAGAAGUUUUCGGGGUUCAAAAGAAAAUAUCGAAAGAAAAGAAGAAAAAUACGCGAAAACAUGCCCUACCUGCCGAACCACAAAACCAAUCUUUAACUCCAAAGGAGAGCCUAUUCCUAAGCUCAAAUGUUCCAACAGAGCUACUGAAAACUUGGAGGGAAAAAAAAUUCAACUUAAAAAUACUUUUUGUAAUGGCAAGCCAACUGAGGAUUCAAAAUCGAGAAGCUUUUGUUGGGAUCGUUCCAUACAUCAAUUCGGCAGGGUAUGAAAAUCUAAAAUCUUUUUGGAUGAAUUCUGGAUAUAAAGCUUGGGUUUUGAUGGAAAAAGAACUUGCGAAAAUUUUUGAGGAUAGAUUAGAGGCAAAAAGACGUAUCUUGGCCCUCCGUCUUCUCCUUCAUCAUCAUACUAUAGCAGAGCGUUGGUCCCCUCAAGAUGUUCCCCUCUGGCGUUUGCCGGGAGAGUGGCGGAGUCUGAUAAAGGAUAUGCAAAAGGCUUAUGGAAUCUCGGCAAAUCCCCAUGAUGUCAUACAGAACGUAGCUGCGAUCCCAAUGAGAAAAUGGGGUCUUGAUUCGGCGGCCGGCCCUACAAAGCUGAAAAUUCGCAACAUACUGGUGGACCUCUUUGGUGAAACCGAGUUGAAAAAACGUCAAGAAUUGUACGAUUAUAAGAUGAACCGAGUCGGGUCGGUUGGUCUAUGGUGUCGCCGGGAAGAUCUCCACAAUUCCCAGAGGCUUGGUGUCGACAUUUUGGCGGUUUGGAAGAUAGCAGAUGCUCUUCAAUUUGGCUCAAAGAAUCUCCUUGAAAACGCAGAAGGACGAAUGACAUUCGACUCAGCUUUCGCACAAAUAAUUCGAGUCAUCACCGCCAAAGGCAGGGUUUUCUCUUGGGUUGAUUCCCCCGAAAGAGCUUGGCUCUAUAUUUACUGCGGAUCCCUUUUGAUCGAACGGCUAGCCAAGCUCAGUGGCUCAGUCUUGUUGUCCGAGCACACGAACCCCCUCUCAACUACCGCAGUCAAAAGCUUGGUAGGGAAUUCGGGAAUGAUCAAUGGUGGUUAUGGGAGGGGUCUAGAGAUUAUGCACUGGUGUGACCUUGGACUCGAUCCUAAGGAAUGGGCUAGAAUCAGACAGAUCAGAAAAUCGGGAGACCCAGAAGAAAUUGAGAAACUUAACAAGGGAAUGAGCAAGAUCUCAGACGAUGAAAGGAAAAAGCUUCAGAUAUGGCACCAGUUGGUCAUCAAUUACGAUGCCCAAGAACCCCGCUCGAUCGCCUCAAAAAUUACUCGCACCGUUUCUGAAUGUGUAGAUCGAAGCAAAACAGCAUUCCUAGCCUUCUCACAACAAACCCGGGUAUUAUUAAAAGAUAAACUUGAUCAAAUCAAUCCCUGGUUAUAA